AUGUCUGGGAUUCCUCUCGGACAGUUUCUCUUUGCCCGCCUUCGCCAGGUUGGUCUUAACGCAGUGCAGGCUGUCCCUUCACAGCACAAUUUUGAGAUUCUGAACCAGGCGAUUUCUGCCGGGCUUGGAUGGACCCAGCAUUCCAGCGACCUCAAUGCUGGCUUUGCUGCAGAUGGCUAUGGAAAAAUCCGGGGAAUUGCUGCUCUGAUUACUUCGUUUGAAUCUCUUGAGAAAAAGGUGUCUGUCAAAGAUGCGAUUAGCGGGUCCUAUGAAGGGAUGGUACCUGUCGUCGUUAUUGUUGGAACUCCGACGCGCAUGGAACAAUUCCAGGCUAUCAAAUUCCAUCAUCCUUUUUACGAUUCACAGCCAGAUGUCCUUCAACGGUUUGCCAACUGGUUCACAAAGAUUACUGUCACACAAGAAAUCCUUCUCGACCCCAACGAAGCCACUGAUCAGAUUGACAACGCAAUCAGAGAAUGUAUCCUUCAAUCCCGACCCGUUUACAUCGAACUACCCGAGGACAUGGUGGACAUGACUAUAUUCACAGCUGCACUCGAUGAUCCAUUGGAUCUCAACCUCCCGCCCAAUGAUGUUGAACUCGAACAAACGGCGUUGGUAGAAAUCAUGAGCAGAAUCAGAAUGGCAGAGCGACCUGUGAUCCUGAUAGAUGCUGGUGCCUCAACUUGUGGUGCGCGUGAAAUCAAUCGUCUGGCAAAGAGGACUGGAUUCCCAACCGCAACAACCUCAGUUAGUAGAGGUCUUGUGGAUGAGACUUUGCAGAACUUUCAUGGACCCAUGUGCUCCAAGUAUGACAAGCUCGGUGCAUAUGUUGAUUCUUCCGACCUUAUUUUCCACAUUGGGCCCAUCAAGACCAUGUUUUGGUCUCUGCCUUUUGUUCCGGAGUUCAAGCGGGACACAACAAUCACUUUCAACUGGAAUUGCAUUGUAAUGGGACACAAGCUAUGGGAAGUUUCCAGCAGGCUCAUAUUUCAGAAGAUCCUAAGGUCUCUGAGCCAAGAAAGACUCCAAGGCCUUGCAACUUAUCCGGACUUGCCAAAUGUCCAGGAGAGUAUCGACAUGCUUCCCGUUCAAAAGAAGGCUACACCUCUCCGGCACGACGUCUAUGCUUCCCUUUGGCGACGAAUUUCAUCCUUUUUCCGCCCCGGGGACCUUAUCCUUACGGAAACCUUCACAGCAGGCGAGGGAGCACGCUCGUUUGUCCUGCCCCGGAAUGCAAUCGUAAUCAACUCGGGAUUUCACAGAUCCCCCGAGUACAUGCUUGCUACCACCUCAGGCGUGGCCAUCGCGCAACGAGAGCUUGAUGAAUCCAAACACCCGUUUGGACAAGGACGAACGAUUCUUUUCGAAGGAAUCGAGGGUUUCCGGCAGGCUCAUGGGGCCUUUGAUACGGUGUACAGGGAGAAACUGAAUAUGGUUGUGUUCCUGAUCAACGAAAAGCAAGAAUCGGUGGAGAAAUUCAUGCACGAAAUGGAGAUGAAACACAACUACGGCGCCCCUUGGAGAUAUUCGGAAUCUCUUUCUUUCUUCGGAUCACCAAGCGAGACAUCCUACCCCGUUUCCGUCAGCACCGUCAGCACCUGGGGCGAACUUGAUGAUAUUCUCGAUGACAAGAGAGUUCAAUCAGGGGCUGGACUUCAGCUUGUGGAGUUGAAGGUCCAACCUCAGGUUCUCGAAGUACCUGGUCUUUUCAGUGGAAAGUAUGGCGAAUGUCCGAGUCUUUUGACCGAGAAGUACGGGUCUAUGAAGGAUUGA